UUCAGUUGUAAUUGAGUAAGCAACAACGCCAAGUCACUUCGACGCGCCAAACUGGUGAAUGAACUUAAACAGCACUAGCAACACAAAAACAAAAGUUAACCAAUUUGUGAAUCAAAAUUGAAACACUUGAACUUGAAUUAACUCUUUGGACGCAUACGUCAUCGAUACAAGCUGGAUUGAUAGUGAAAUUGACAUGUUGUGCUAUGCUUUGAGUGGUUUACUGAGCUACGCAUUUGUCGGUUUCGCUGUUAUCAAUUUUCAACUAGUCGUCGCUGAUAGUAAUGUGGAACAAAAUGCAGAGAAACCGCAUAUUAUUUUUAUACUGGCCGAUGAUUUGGGUUUCGAUGACGUCAGCUUCCACGGCUCGAACGAAUUUCUGACGCCAAAUAUCGAUGCGCUUGCCUAUCAUGGUAAGAUACUGGAACGCUUAUAUACGCCGGCAAUAUGUACGCCAUCACGUGGUGCACUUAUGACCGGACGUUAUCCGAUACACACAGGCACACAACACUUUGUUAUAAGCAACGAGGAACCAUGGGGUUUGCCAACGAAUUUAACGCUUAUGCCAGAAAUUUUCCAAAAAGCUGGAUACUCCACCAAUCUGGUGGGUAAAUGGCAUUUGGGAUUUGCAAAACGUGAAUUCACGCCCACAUACAGAGGUUUCGACAAUCACUAUGGCUAUUGGGGUGGCUUUAUUGAUUACUAUCAGCGACGCAGCCAAAUGCCGCUACCGCACUACUCCAUGGGCUAUGACUUCUACCGCAAUUUGGAGCUUGAAUGCGCCGACCGCGGUGUUUAUAUGACAGAUCUUCUCACCAGCGAAGCUGAGCGUAUAAUACUUGGGAAUAAUAACACGAAGCCGCUUUUACUCUUGCUGAGUCACUUGGCAGUGCAUACUGGUAACGUUAAUGAGCCCUUACAGGCGCCAAAGGAAGAUAUUGAAAAAUUCAACUACAUCAAAGACCCGAAUAGACGCAAAUAUGCAGCAAUGGUCUCACGACUGGAUCAGAGUGUUGGUCGUGUAAUAAGCGCACUUGAAGCAGCCAAUAUGCUUAAGAAUUCCAUAGUAAUAUUUCAAUCGGACAAUGGUGGACCUUCAGUUGGUCUAUUCGCAAACUCGGCGUCGAAUUGGCCUUUCAAAGGGCAAAAGAAUACCGCGUGGGAGGGUGGCGUACGCGUUGCUGGCGCCAUUUGGAGUCCACUAAUUGCGCAGCGUCGCGCACUCUUUCGUUCAACCAUGUAUAUAGGUGAUUGGCUACCAACUUUAGCCGCUGCCGCCAAUAUACCGCUUGAUCAAACUGCGUUGCAAUUGGAUAGUUUGAAUUUGUGGCCAGCAUUAAGCGGUGCAGCAAAUAAAGUCAACUCUGAAAAUUUCACCCGUGAAAUAGUACAUUACCUUGACGAUGUGUGGCAUGUUGCGGCGUUACAGCAAGGCGAUUGGAAGUAUGUGAAUGGCACAACAGCUGCUGGACGUUUCAGUAAUGUGCUCACCUAUCGUGAACUAUACGAUACGGAUCCGCGUAGCGUCGAUUACUUUGCGACAGUGAAGAACUCAAACACCUCGCAGAUUUUGCAAAGAUAUGAUGACAACGAAUUGCAGCGCGGACAUGUCAAUCAGCUGCGUAACGAAGCCACGGUAGAUUGUGGCAAUGGCGUACAACGUGGUUGCAAUCCGUUAUGGGAAGAAUGUCUCUACAAUGUGGCCGUUGAUCCAUGUGAACGUAAUAAUUUAGCUUCAUUAAACGAGUAUAAAAAAAUAAUGAAACGCAUGCGUAGACGUGUGCAACAGUAUAGAGAUACCGCUAUGCCGUUGGCUAACCGCAGAGGUAGCUUUGAGUAUAGUCCUUCACGUCAUCGUUGCCUGUGGUCGAACUUUUUGGAAGAUUCACCCAGUGAAGAGUUUUUCGUUUGCGGUCUCUACGGUAUGCCCUGCGAAGCGGCUACUUCAGUCGAGGGCAUAAAGAUGGUACAUACUUAAAAAAAGAAAUAGGUUAUGUUAAAAAAAAAUUCGAUGCAAUAAAUAUUAAUGUCAAAGCUACUACAGCA